AUGGCCAUCUACAGGGGGAAAUAUGAGGAAAGAAUGGAGUGCUUAACUCUCUGGAAAGAGGGAGGUGGACAAGCCAAGCCUGCAGGUGAUAGGUCAUGCCUCACCCAACGGGCAGCCCUUGAAUUUGAGGAUGGCAUGUAUGCCCAUUUGGGCAUCAGAAUCCCUCUUCUGGCCAGCAACUACAUCAGCCCAAAUGAUGUUCAUCUUCACAGUGAAAAUGGGAUCCUGGGCUUGGGUCCAUUCCCAUUAAAAGAUAAGGUGGAUGCAGAUCUCAUCAAUGCAGGCAAGCAGAGAGUCAGCGUUCUUCCUAAUGGCUGUUUUGUCUCCAGUGAUGAUUUAUUCAACAUGAUUCGAGGGGGAGGCAUGCACCUGAUGCUUGGAGCCAUACGGGUUUCCAAAUAUGUACACCUGGCCGACUGGAUGAUACACAAGAGAAGGUGAAAGGCUGGUGUGUGGGUGAUGGUGUCUGGCACCAAGACCAGGGUCGUGGUCACCAUGGAGCACCAUCGAGGCCGCCAACCCCCAAUUCUGGAUAAAUGCAUGAUGCCACUGGUGGAAUUGGUGCGCAACAGCAUCACCACUGAGGAGGCCGUGUUUGACGUGCACAGGAAGCAAGGACUGACCAUGGAGGACAUCGAAAGGAGCACUGGGUGUGGCCUCACCAUCUCCCCUGAUCCAGACCCGUGCAGCAGAUCACAGCCAGACUCGGGGAGUAAACCUUGCUCACAGAGGGUGUGCUCAUUUCAACCUCACAGGAUUUCAUCCAUACGAAGUCGGAAUCACAUUUAUAUAUUUCACGAGCAGUCUGCUCAGUUUCUUCUGGCAUCUCAGACAUGCUACCAUUGGAGAGACCUUGUCCUCUCAGGAGAGACAUGAGUGAAAAACCAAAGGAAAACCUGGACAUCGGUCUUGUACAUGCUGUGCGUACUGAGAACAGUCUGCCAUCACUGAGGAUGCUGGAUGCCCCCUCUGGCUGUUAUUUCCAGUAAAUUCUGUGCAGCUUGAGACGAUCCCGUUGGAGGGAUUUCAGUGAAGUGCCUUCCUCAGGAAUCAUGAAACAUAGGGAAAAAUGAUGAGAGAGGGAAUGACUCUGCCCAGACCCUCCCCCAUUUUACAAGGACCAUGAAAAACAGUCAAACGUAAAUGUGAAUUUGUGAUUGGAGAAAUGCUGUGCAAAUGAAAUGUUUUUCCCUUUGACCCUUCUGACUUUCUCUUCUGCGACUGUUCAUUUUGUUGCUAAAUCCUGUUUACCUGUAGCUACGCCUCCCCCUGCCCCCACGAAUCUCCUCCUCAUAGCUAAAUAGGUGUCUCUAGAAGGAAAGCAGGAUGGUCUAGGUGGGCCAGGGAACUGCUAAGAGGAGCAGCUGGAAGGAGAGAGACUGUGCUGCUACUCCACCAGGAAGUUCGCUGCUGGACUGUAAAUAACAGUCCAUCCGCAUAUGGCCAAGGUUGUGGCUUAUGAUAGGAGUUCUAGAAACCUAGCCAACGGACUGAGGUGGGUUUCCUCGUCUUCAUUUAUGGUGUUCCUGUGUCAUCCAGAGCAGACACUUACACCCUUCCUCUCUGUUAGGGAGCCCCAAACCAGCCUCUCACUAAUACUUCAUUAA